AUGCAGAAUGUUGGACAGUCUGAAAACCGAAAUAUCGAUAAGGUGAAUGUGCAACUUGAUGUGGUAAAAUCGUCCACUCCUCAAAGUUCGGCUUCGAGUCCGGCCAAAUCCGAAACCGAAACGUAUUCAGGCGCGCCUGCCAAAUACAUGACGGACUCUUCGGAAAGCGAGGAUGACUCUGUGUCUGAGGCCGAGAUGGAAGAAGAAGGUACUGGUACAGAGCCAUCCAAGUUUCUCCUGACCCAUGAGGAUGCAGACAGAGCUGUCGACCCAGAGAUGCAGGCCCGACUCGAAGCUUUGCUUGAAGCGGCUGGCAUCGGUAAACUAUCUGGCGAGGGCAAGCAUCUCGCCGACCCGGAGGUGCUCCGGCGACUAACGUCGUCGGUGUCGUGCGCUCUUGAUGAGGCCGCCGCUGCACUCACGCGCAUGCGCAGCGAUCAACCACCACCUCACCACAGACAUCACCACCAGGAUAAAAAUCAACAAUGUGGGUCUUCGGCGACGGGCACGGCGCCUGUGGCGGCAGCACCUAUGGGCGCAGAUGGUGCGCCGUCGUUGGCCGAGGCGUGCUCGGACGGUGACGUCGGUACCGUUCGCAAGCUCUUGACGGAGGGGCGCUCCGUCCACGAGACCACUGAGGAGGGCGAGUCACUGUUGUCGCUCGCCUGUUCCGCGGGGUACUACGAGCUCGCUCAAGUGCUGCUUGCCAUGCAUGCGAGUGUCGAGGACCGAGGCAUCAAGGGCGACUGCACUCCGUUGAUGGAGGCUGCGAGCGCGGGCCACGUGGACAUCGUGCGGCUCCUGAUAGCGCACGGCGCAGACGUGAACGCCGUGUCGGGCUCCGGCAACACGCCGCUCAUGUACGCAUGCGCCGGCGGCCACGAGGAGUGCGUGCGCGCGCUGCUCGAGAACGGAGCCAACGUCGAAGACCACAACGAGAAUGGACACACGCCGCUUAUGGAGGCGGCGUCUGCAGGCCACGUGGGAGUUGCCAAAAUCCUUCUUGAACAUGGUGCGGGCAUUAACACCCACUCCAAUGAGUUCAAAGAAUCUGCAUUAACACUCGCGUGCUAUAAAGGUCAUCUUGAUAUGGUACGUUUCCUGCUGGCAGCGGGUGCCGACCGGGAACACAAGACCGAUGAAAUGCACACUGCCCUUAUGGAAGCUAGUAUGGAUGGGCAUGUUGAGGUCGCCAGGUUGUUGCUCGACUCUGGUGCACAGGUUAACAUGCCCACCGACAGCUUUGAGUCCCCGCUGACGCUAGCGGCGUGCGGGGGCCACGUGGAAUUAGCCAUGUUGCUGCUCGAGCGUGGAGCCAACAUCGAGGAGGUCAACGACGAGGGGUACACGCCACUCAUGGAGGCAGCCAGAGAGGGUCACGAAGAAAUGGUGGCGUUGCUACUGGGCCAAGGCGCAUCCAUCAACGCUCAGACUGAAGAGACGCAGGAGACAGCGUUAACAUUGGCGUGCUGUGGCGGGUUCCUCGAGGUCGCCGACUUCCUCAUUAAGGCUGGGGCUGAUGCCGAACUUGGUGCCUCUACUCCCCUCAUGGAAGCGUCUCAGGAAGGACACCUUGAACUUGUUCGGUACCUUCUAAACGCGGGCGCUGACGUCAAUGCCCAGACUCAAACAGGCGACACGGCGUUGACGUAUGCGUGUGAGAACGGACACACGGAUGUGGCGGAUCUACUGCUGCGGGCGGGUGCCGAGCUCGAACAUGAAAGCGAAGGCGGCAGGACUCCCCUCAUGAAAGCUUGUCGGGCGGGGCAUGUGUGCACUGUACAGUUCCUUGUCGGCAAGGGUGCUGAUGUAAAUCGUAUGACUGCUUUGGGUGACCACACACCCCUGUCACUGGCGUGUGCCGGGGGUCAUGUGGACGUGGUUAAAUUUCUUUUGGCAUGCGAAGCGGAUCCGUUUCGCAAGCUGAAAGACAACUCCACGAUGCUCAUAGAAGCGGCCAAAGGAGGCCACACCGCUGUUGUGCAGUUGUUGCUCGAUUUUCCUCACUCAGUUAUGCUGCCUAGAGGCAACACGACGGCCGAGGACAGCUCGGGGCUCAGCGCGGCUCAGGCGGCGGCGCUGGGGCUGAGCCACGCGGCGGCGCCGGGCGCGGGCGGCGGCGCGGCGCCCCCCGGGGCCGCUCCCCCUGCGCGCGCGCUGCUCCCGGCGCACGCGCACGCGCACCCCGCCCUGCACCACCCGCCGCACCACCACCCCGCCUCCGACCUGCCCACCAAGUUCUCCAAGGUUUACCUCGACGAGCGCGGUGUAGCGGGUCGCAAGAAGGCGGCGGGAGCGGGAGCGGGCGCGGGUGCGACCGCGGGCCCGACGCUGGGCGGCGCUUGCAGUGCAGCGGGCGGCACGUGCGGGGCGGGCGCUGACGCAGGCGCCAAGCACAAGUGCAACCGCAAGCAACGCCCCGCGCCUCCCCACUCCGACCACCACCUACCGCCGCCGCCCGACAUACUCGACGACAAUAUAUGCUCCCACGCCAUGGCUAAGGUAUCACUCCCGCCGGGGUUUACGUGGAAGGACGUUAACAAGAAAGUUAAAAUUAAAUGCCACAUUAAAAAUAAAUGCAACUGCGUAUGUGUGCGACUCGUGGCCGUGGUGCUGAUCGUGCUUUGCUUGCAGAGGGACCCGCGCGCCGACUGCCUGCUCGAGGCCGACCGUAGUCUGCUCGACUUGCCCGACCCCGGAGGUCCGCCGACACUCGCCACGUCGGCGCUGCACGCCUUGGACCUACAGUUCUGCGCUCAAGGCAAGUCUGCACGUCAUGACGUCACCUGA